AAAGAGCAUGAGGGUCUGUGAGGAAGACAGAGCAAGAGCUGAACAUCAGUGAAGAAUGAAGGGUUUGUUAUGUACACUGCUGCUGCUGGAAACCUUUGUGUUUGUGGUACAGCAGCAGAUAGAUGGAGGACUCGCCGAGAAUGAGAUCCAUCAACAGCACAGCACUGAGGACAGAAGGCAGAAUCCAGCUCAGACAGACCGUCGGAGAGAUGAAGCUUCAGCUGACAGCCAACAAUACUGCCAUCUGAGCUUCCCUGACAUCCACGCAGCACUGAGAGAACUGACCGCCACCGUCACAGAGCAGAAAGCCAACAUCAGAGCCUUAGAGACACGACUGAAAGAAGAGCUGAACAAGAAAACUGAUGCCUUAGAAACACGACUGAGGAACUCAGAGAAAACUGCAGAACAACAGACGGUCAUCUUGGAAGAGCUGAACAAGAAAACUGAUGAAAUGUCUAAUCUUACUGAGAGUCAAGUGGAGGAGCUGAGAAAGGAAAACAGAGACAGAGAGAUAGCAUUUUCAGCUGCAUUGAUGGAAUCUGGCAGUGGAGAUAUCGGUCCUUUCACCACUGAAAUCACUGUAACCUACAGGAAUGUCUUCACAAACAUAGGGAACGCCUACAACCCAAUUACAGGGAUUUUCACUGCCCCACUGAAAGGAGCGUACAUGUUCAGCUUCUCUAUCUAUGGUCAUGGUAGUCCCUCAACUCCAUCAACUGCCUCCAUUGUGAAGAACGGAGAGAAGUUGGUUGUAGCACAUGCUCAUCAGAAUCAGGGUGCUGUAAACUCCUCAAAAGGAGUUGUGUUGAUCCUGGAGGUUGGAGAUGUCGUCUAUGUGAGACUUUGGUCUGGAAGGAGGAUAUAUGAUGACCAGAAUAAACACAACACUUUCAGUGGUUAUCUACUGUUUCCCUUAAGAGAACAGGAGCUUUGCAGAAUGUGAUUUCAGUAAAACCAAACCUUUAGCGUAUGAUUUCAAUAAGAAUUAUUAACAUAAGAACCUGUAUUUGCAAUAGAUGACUGUAUGAAAGUCAGUAUAUAAGCUAUACUCAUACGUUCUCAGCUGUCUAUGCAUGUAACUUUGUCUAAAGAGUUUCAGCACAGGAUCCAUGAAUAUCACAUGUGACUCAAAGUGAUUUUUUAAAGUAGCAAGAUAGAUAUCUGAUAAAUAAUAGAUUUUAUCUUAUUAUUAAUCUUUGUUCCAUAUCUCUUCAUCUUACAUUAAUAAGAAAAUAAAGACAUUAUUGUUCCAU